GGCAGGCUACAAGUCCAUGGAGUCACAAAGAGUCAGUCAACUGAGCAAACACACACACACGCACUUUAUCCAGCUUUUCUCACCUGGAAACACGGCUUUGCUAAUCAGCAAUAUAAUGUUAUACACCUUUUGUAACCUCAGAGGCUUCAGCUGUAAAAAUCACAGGAAUCUGUGGUAUUUUGAGUGGAAUGAGCCUUGUAGGGAAGGGAGAGUUUGUUUGGAUUAUGAACCCACCUUCCAGAUCUUCCACUCAUGGCCCUCAGGGUCAUAUUACUGAUUUAAUUGUGCAGACCUCUCACAAGCAGGCCUGAAGCCUGGGAAAAGAAGAAUCCCUCAGUCCACUCCUCCCAGUUCUCUGAUCAGGUCCCAUUCGGAUACGCCUCCUCCCGCCCCAGGGACCCGCUGGACACGCCCCCUACCUCACGUCCCGCCUCGUCUUUGAGAAGUAUGCGCUGCGCAGGCGCAGUCCGGCGGUCACUCCCAGAAGCCUCCCGGCCCCACCCAGCGGCUACUUUGCUUUAGGAGUUUUAAGACGUGGAGCCUCUCUUCCCACAGACGACCCGGUGGCUUUGGCCUCUGGUUCUUUUUCCGUAUCUCUUGCUGCAAACUGCGCGUGAGUGGCACUGUCUGAGGAGGAAUCCAGCGUGGGUCGCCGCGGAGACGACUAUGCAGACUUAGCCAGAGCUCGCGAGGGACGGUCUGGGUUUUCUGGACUCGGCUUUUCUGAUAGAGAAGCCCAGAGGACUGAUCAGCUCUUACAGGUCUAAAACCAUGGCCCAUGGAUCAUUGACAUUCAGUGAUGUGGCCAUAGGAUUCUCUCAGCAGGAGUGGGAAUGCCUGGACCCUGUUCAGAAGACUUUGUACCGGGAUGUGAUGAUGGAGAACUAUGGUAACUUGGUCUCAUUGGGCCAUUCCAUUUCUAAGCCAAAUGUAAUUACCUUACUGGAACAAGGAAAAGAGCCCUGGCUAGUUGUGAGAGAAGAAACAAGAAGUUGGUGUACAGAUUUGGACUCAAGAUAUGAAAUAACCAGCAAUGGAAAAGCAUACAUUUAUAAAAAACGUUCAUCUCUUACUCUACCUCACAGAAUUGAUAAUGGAGAGAAACCAUAUGAAUGUAAGGAAUGUGGGAAGGCCUUUAGUCGUCAUACAGACCUAAAAGUACAUCAAGUAAUUCAUACUGGUGAGAAACCGUAUGAAUGUAAGGAAUGCGGGAAGGCCUUUAGUCGUCCUACAGACUUAAAAGUACAUCAAGUAAUUCAUACUGGUGAGAAACCCUAUGAAUGUGAGGAAUGUGGGAAGGCUUUUAGUCGUCUUACAGACUUUAAAGUACAUAAGAGAAUUCAUACUGGUGAGAAACCCUAUGAAUGUGAACAGUGUGGGAAGGCUUUUAGUCGUGCCUCCAACCUUGCUCAACAUGCCAGAGUUCACACUGGUGAGAAAUCCUAUGAAUGUAAGGAAUGUGGGAAGGCCUUUAGUGAUGUUGGAACACUUAAAAUACAUCAGAGAAUUCAUACUGGUGAGAAACCGUAUGAAUGUAAGGAAUGUGGGAAGGCCUUUAGUCAAGCCUCAAACCUCAUACAACAUGACAGGAUUCAUACUGGUGAAAAACCCUAUGAAUGUAAAGACUGCGGGAAGGCCUUUAGUCAUGCUUCACAUCUUGUUAGACAUGAGAGAAUUCAUACUGGUAAGAAACCCUAUGAAUGUAAGGAGUGUGGGAAGGCUUUUAGGAGUAGCCAUCAACUUACUAUACACCAUAGAUUUCAUACUGGUGAGAAACCGUAUGAAUGUGAGGCAUGUGGGAAGGCCUUUAGUGUGUAUGGACGACUUACUCGACAUCAGAGUAUUCACAGUGGUGAGAGACCUUUUGAAUGUAAGAAAUGUGGGAAGUGCUUUAGGCUCAGUUCAAGCCUUAAAGUACACCAGAGUAUUCAUACUGGUGAGAAACCCUUUGAAUGCCACAGAUGUGGGAAGUCCUUUAGGCUUAGUUCAAUGCUUAAGGUACAUCACAGAAUUCACACUGGAGAGAGACUUUGUGGGAUAUAUGUAUAGUAGACAGUGGAAUUAUACAACUUGUAAUGAAGAGAAUGUGAGAAGGAUUUUAUAUGGUUCAGUUCUUAUAAGACAUCAAAUAAUUUAGGAACUCCUUGGAAUUCAAGCAAUGUUUGAAGUUUUUCAGUUAUGACCCAAAUACUGUUCACCUCCAGAGAAUUUAUAUUGUACUUUAUGUUAACAAAUCUUUUAUGGCAUUCCCCUUUUGUUACUAUUCACUGAGUGACCAAGCUCUUUGGCCAAGGUUGCAAAGCAGAUCAGAUCAGUCGCUCAGUCGUGUCCGACUCUUUGUGACCCCAUGAAUCGCAGCACGCCAGGUCUCCCUGUCCAUCACCAACUCCCGGAGUUCACUGAGACUCACGUCCAUCGAGUCAGUGAUGCCAUCCAUAAGUGCCUCCAGUUCCCUGGUUGGGGAAUUAAGAUCCAGCAAGCCAUACAGCAUAGCCAAAAAAGGAAAAAAGAAAAAUGAAAACCUCCCAACAAAGAAAAGUCCUGGGCCUGGUGGCUUCACUGAUGAAUUUAAACAAGAACUAAUACCAGUCUUUCUCAAACUUUUCAAAAAAGUUGAAGAGGAGGGAAUACUUCCUAACUGAUUCUGUGAGACCAGCACAACCCUGUUAAAAAAACUAUUAAAAAACCACUACAGUAAAGAAAAUUACAGAACAAUGUCUCUUAUGAUCAUUUAUCCAAAAAUCCUCAACAAAGUACUAGCAAACAGAAUUCUGCAGCAUAUUAAAAGGAUUAUACACAAUCACCAAAUGGAUUUAUUCCUAGAAUGCAAGCAUGGUUCAUCAUAUGAAAGUUCACCAAUGUAAUAUGGCACAUCAGCAAAAUGAAGGAAAAAAACACGAUCAUGUCAACUCAUACAGAAAAAGCAUUUGACAAAAUUCAACACCCCUUUGUAAUAAAAACACUCAACAAAAUAGGAAUAGAAGGAAAUCAUCUGCAUUGUAACAAAAGGUAUAUAUGAAAUUAUCUCCACAUAAUAAAAGCCAUAUGAAAGACCAA